GGGUGUUGGAAUUUGUUAACAGAUGCCUCCAAAGAGUUCAAAUAAGAAAUCUGGUGGCAGUGUAGCCUCUUGGUAUCACUGCGAGUUAUGCGAUGUCCACAUUACAUCAAAAGAUCGCGAAACGCACGAGAAGUAUUGUCCUAUUCCCGCAGAUACUGCCGAACCGCUGGAAUAUAUCCAUAAUAACUGCCUUUACACAACUGGAGUGGAAAAGCGUAGUUUUCAUAUAGAAGAAUUGAAUGAUGUGCCAAACAAAUACAUUAACAAUUUAGUAUUCAUUUCGGAAGGUGCUAUACGUUUAACACAUUUAUAUAUUGGACAAAGGGUGCUGAUACAGCCAGUAAAGAAAUCGGAGGCGGUAGGCCUAGUCAGACUAGUUUGGCCCAUACCCGACAGGUUUUUAACAACGAUCUUUGUCAGCGAGGAAGAUUUUAAAAUGUAUGGGAGUGAUCUUGGAGGUCAAUCACUUAAAAUAUCUGCCUUGCUGCAACCCUGUUCUGUAGCUAAGUCGGUUGGUCUUCGUGUAACAUCUAUUGUAGGCGAAAUCACUGAGCUCAUGGAUGCGCAGCUUAAAGAUGUAGAGCGGUUGUUAAAGCUUGAAUUAAAGAAUUUAAUAUUUACAACAGGUAGCCGAAUAUUUAUGGAUUUCUUCAACAAAGACCUAACUUUGCAAGUGGUGUCAUGGUCUAGUUUUGGAGUGGCAACCAGUAACACUGAAGAUGAUGCCAAUUUGGAGGAGACAUUUAAGAGCUUAAAAUUGGAGUGCGAUGUGGAACCGCGGUUUUUUGAAGUAACCUGUGCUACGCGAUUUGAAAUUGAACGACACAAAACAGAGAGUACACAAGAAAAUUCAACAAAUUAUAAUAAAGUAACUAAAAUUGAUGUUGGCGGGCUAGAUGAACAAAUUGAAAUGAUAGAGGAAGCGAUAGAUAUGGCUUUUGGACUAAAUGGCGUACCUGCAGGUGUGAAAGUCUCGCGUGGUUUUCUUUUACAUGGCCCCACUGGUUGCGGCAAGAGCUUACUCUCCCAAGUCAUGUGCUCAACAAUGCUGGAGAAGACUGCUAAAUUAACCAAAGUCGAGCUGAUUCGGAUUAACACCAGCGAAUUAUUUAGCAAAUUCCUCGGCGAAACGGAAAAAAAUCUAAUGUCUCAUUUCGAGAAGGCAUUCGAAAACUACCCGACACCCACUCUUAUCGUCAUAGAGGACGUGCACAAUCUUUGUCCAAAGUAUGAGACAAAUGAAAUGACCAAACGUGUGGGAGCGGCCUUUCUAAGCGCGCUGGACAUUCUAAACGGACCGAAAAAGGAAGCACAACGCACCUUCUUGUUAGCUACAACAUCUCAAAUCGACGCACUGAAUCCAAAUGUACGCCGCUGUGGUCGUUUGGAUAGCGAGAUUGAAAUCAGCGCCCCGACGCCCAAGCAACGCGCUGCCAUACUAAGCUGUCUUCUCCGCAGCAUUACACAUAAACUCUCACCUGCCGACAUUGAUGAUGUGGCCCAAGUGCUGCAUGGUUAUGUUGGUGCUGAUUUGGCCAAUCUUGUGUACGCCGCUUCGUUACGUGCGCUAAAAGAUGAUGCACGUCCUCUGCAUUUGCCAGACUUGCAUGCCGCACUGACACAUAUUAAACCAUCGGCUAUGCGUGAGGUGCUCAUAGAAAACCCGAAUGUGCAUUGGAGUGACAUCGGUGGGCAGGCCGAAUUGAAACUGAAGCUCAAACAGGCUAUAGAAUGGCCACUACUGCAUCCAGAUAAGUUUGAACGGCUCGGUUUGAAACCGCCUCGUGGUAUUCUAAUGUUCGGUCCGCCAGGCUGUUCCAAAACAAUGAUUGCCAAGGCGCUUGCCACCGAAAGUCAACUGAAUUUUCUCUCCAUAAAAGGGCCCGAAUUAUUCUCGAUGUGGGUGGGCGAAUCGGAGCGUGCAGUGCGCGAAGUCUUUCGCAAGGCGCGUCAAGUAGCGCCGGCCAUUGUGUUCUUCGACGAAAUCGAUGCCAUUGGUGGCGAGCGAGCUGAUGGUGGCGAUGGCGGUUCGGGAACAUCGGUUAAAGAACGUGUGCUCACUCAACUGCUCACUGAAAUGGACGGUGUUGAGGCGUUGGAAAAUGUCACUAUUGUAGCAGCAACUAAUCGACCAGAUAUGAUUGACAAAGCACUGUUGCGCCCGGGACGUUUCGAUCGUAUUGUCUAUGUUGGACUGCCCGAUACCGAGGCACGUCAAGAAAUCUUUCGCAUAAAAUUAGUGCCAAUGCCAUUGGCAGCUGAUGUAGAUUUGCAAAAGCUUGUGCAACGCACGGAAGGAUAUUCAGGUGCCGAAAUACAGGCCGUAUGUCAGGAGGCGGCAUUGAAAUGUCUGGAGGAGAGUUUUGAAGCUGAGCGUGUACGAUGGACGCAUUUCGAGUACGCAUUAAAUGCCGUGCAACCGCGCACGAAUCCCGAGCUCUUACAGCUCUACGAUCAGUAUAUUAAGCAAAAAUAACAUCGCCAGUUUGAAAAUAUGUACAUCCUAACAAACUUGCUGAUUUGUAGAGAAAUCGAGUAUGUCAUUCUUUGUAAAGGUAUAAACGCUACUAUUGUGUAGCGCCUCCAC